CUACGUCUCUCCCCCUUUCAUUAACACACUCCUUCUCUCUUUCCCUCUUUUUCAAAAAGAAAAAAAACAAAUUACUCCGCGCUAUGUGAGAACAUCGUUUUGUUGGGGGAGAAUCAGCUUCUUCCAUCUUGGUUGUCUCACUUUGCUUUUUCUUUAUUCACUUACACCAAAACACACAGAAGCUUUAACACUUGUUUAAAGACUUGAUUUUUUUCCAAACAAUUUCCAAACAACAUCUUUAUUCAACUUGAUAGGAAAAAAAAAAGCACAUUUUUUUUUUCAUAAUACGCGUUGAAAAAGUAGUCCUGCACAAACCUCGAUGUUUUGCAUCCGGGUAUUUUGUCCGGUCUCCGAACCAUGGAAGUGAUCGGAUGAAGAAGACAUGCGGAGAGAAAGAGAGAGAGAGAGAGAGAAUAUAGUUCUUCUAAGUAGUCGUCGUUUUAAGUGUGACUUACAGCUGCGUUUCGAUUUCCAGUCGAUUCUUUUUUGAAAUAGCAGUCCAAACAGUCGAGAUGUUUGGUCGAAAUGACACCAGCGACUUGUUCGAGUCGGGAUAUUUUGCAACAGGCGCGGAAGAAAGUUAUUCGGCCAGAGACGGCGGAGUGGUUUUCUUUCUAGUCGUCGAAUGUUAAAAGAAACAUUUUUGGGGGUUUAAAAAAAACAAAACAUUCUUAUUUGUUGUUUUCCUCAGCAGACGAUCGCCAAAAAACGACAGAAAACCCACCAAAAAACACACCAAAUUUUUUUUUUUUUUUUUUUACAAUCAUUUUAUCCUAAACAAAGACUUUUUAAAGUGAACACACACAAAAAAAAAAAAGUUUUUUUUUUCCUCUAUUUUCUUCUCUGCUGUAUUAUUAUUAUUAUUGUUGUUGUUGUUACGGCGAAAGAUGGCCAAGGAAGAUCUGGAUAAGAUUCAGGCGGAACUGAAGGCGGCCAUACAAAACCAUCAGAUCCUGGUCGGAAAGAUGCAGUUCGAUCCUCAGAAUCCCAGCUACAAGAAACAGCUGCACGAUCUACAAAUAGAGAUCACAUCACUGGAUGACAGGCAGAAAGUUAUUGUCCAGAUACUUCGUAAGGAGCUUGUAAACAAACAACAAACUUCUAACCAAGCAUCAAGCCUUAAUACAAAUGCCUCCCAGCAACAACAUCAAGCUCAAACCCAGCAACAAGUCCAUCUACAAAAACAGCAGCCACAGACACACUCGCCUCAACAAGUGCAUGCUGUACCACAACAAAUGCAUGUCUCCCAACCGCAAUCAAAUUCAGUGCAACGGCAGCAGUCACAGUCACCUAUGCAGCAGCCCCCACACACGGUGCAACGGCAGUCGCCCUCCCCUCAGAGGCAGACACACACCACUGUGCAACAACAAUCACAGUCACCACAGAGACAGCUCCAGUCGCACCCGGUGCAACUGCCAUCCCAGUCGCCACAGCAACUGCCAUGCCAGUCUCCCCAGCAGCCACAGUCCCCACAUCAACACAUACACAUUGUACAGCAAUCACAACCCCCCUCUCAGCAACAAUUGCAACCAAUGCAACAAGUAUCACAGCAUUCACAUUCCCAUCCUCAGCCAGCCACAUCGCCCCAACAGGCACCAACAGCAGUUGUAGCGACCACCCAGCCUGCUGCUGCUGCUGCUCCCCUUCAAUCAGCUGACUUUAUUAAGAAAAAUGACAAUGUGAAAUGUCCCAGUAUAUUGAACACCCCCCACAGUAGAGUUAGCAGUCCGACUGUGAAUAACUCAGUCUCCUCUCGGAGUACAUCCCCUCCUAUUCGAGUACCACAGUACACCAUCAGCAAAACUCUUUUACAGAAUAAAAACCAAAUGGCACCCCCCAAUGUACUUCCACCAAAGCGAACUUGUACAGAAACUGAAUUAGGAGAUAUCAAGAAAACUGUUGAUAAAAAACCACCUAUAACUUGUGACGAAAAAAAUGUGAAAAGUAGCCAAAACAUGUUACGAAAACUGCAGUAUAUGGCUUCUCUAGAUUUAGUUACACCCGAAACAUUAAAAGGUUGGUUUUCAUUUCCAUGCCUUAGCAAAAUGGAAGAAAAAUACAAUAAUGAAAUCUGUAGGAAACGUGCAAUGGAGAGACUAAUGAUAGACGGGACCCUUAGAGACCCUUGGCACAAAGGAAUGAUGGGAGGUGGACGAGAGUUGCAGAGUAAAAGGUCUGAGCGGAAAAGACGAAGUACAGCCAACCCACAAUUUAGUUACAGCUUAGAAAGUGAUAGAAAACGAAUGAACUAUUUGGUCGGAUCAAACAUUACAACUGGAACAAAACGACCUCGAGGUCGCCCACCAAAACAUGGCACAUCUCCAACCAACAGUCGUCCAGGUACUCCAGAUAGUUCUGACAGUAAUGCCAGUAUCAAGAAUGGUAUUGUAAAUGGCUCGUCUGAUGAUAUCCAUGAUGGUCUUUGCUUUGUAUGCCAAAAAGCUGGCCGAUUAUUGAUCUGUGAUGGCUGUGGUAUGGCAUAUCACCCUACUUGUUUAGAACCUCCUGUUGCUACUUUUCCUAAUGGUCCUUGGAGGUGUUACAAAUGUCAGAAUGAAAAGAACUCAACAGGUGGGUCAGUGACGUUGGAUAUAGUACACAAUUAUAUCAUCAAUAAAACUGCCAAAGAUGAAGAAAGAAAAAAACUACAAAGAAGAAAUACAGAAUUAAAUAAUGAACGAAUACAGUUAGAAACAAAUACGAAACAACUUUCCCAAUCAUUAUAUCAAUGUAUUCAACAGAAACAAGAAUUAAUGAACACAAACAAAAAAGUACAGCAGUCUGCAGACAAUAUAAAUAACUUCCUGCAAAUAUUCCAGUCUUGACUGCUACUCCCUUGUAAAUAAUGAACUUCCAAACACAUUGUACAUACUUUCAACUCACAAAGUAGUUCUCUUUGAGAAAGAGGACUUCACUCAACAGCCUACAAUCUUAGCAGCUCAACAGUCCAUUCUUCUCUUGUCUUUUUGACGACAACAGAUUUCCGCUGUUGUUUGGAACGGUCUUUAAUCAUCUAACGAUGAUUAUCAUGUUGCAUGAUCAACGACCCUAUUUGCGUGCUGCUGUGUUGUUCAGGGGAACAGUAACGUUGAAAGUAACCAUUUUUUGUUUUGUUUUUGUUGUUUUUUGUUUUUUUUAAUUUUAUUAUAUAUAUUUUUUUUAAAAAAGAAAAUGAGAUAGAAAGUGGGGAUAAUAAUAAUAAUAAUAAUUCAUUAUUUCAGGCAGGUCUUCAGGGGCUAGAGAAGUAUCCAGUAGGCUUUUAUUAUUAUUAUUAUUUUUUUUAAAGGCAUUCAUCAACAAAAUGAUUUAAAUACAGCUUCAAUUUUUUUUUUUUUAUUAAUUAAAGAGAAAAUGUUGGAAAAGAAAAAGGAAGUUUCACAAAGAGUCACCUGACCGUUUUUAAAGUUUCUCUCAGCGCAAGUGAAAAAAAGAUUAUAACCAGUAAAAUACAAUUGACAGCUGUAUUUGUUAAAACACACACACACACACACACACACACACAAUUUGUUUACAGAAUUUGGGGGUUGGGUAGCUGUUACUGUCCUUUAUCAAUCUACCCUGGAAAAUUUGGCUGAUUUAAACAUUAUUUCAUUAUUUUAUUCUACCACUUUUCCUUGUCUGCUUCUGAUUGUCUCUGAAAACAGACACGUAUUUCACACAUUAAGCCAAAACUACUUUCUCCCCUUCAUUCUCCCUCCCUCCCUCUCUCUUUCUCUGAGAGUCACCAAAAAAUAAGUUUUUCAAUGUUUUUACUUCAUUAUCUCCUUUUAAAUUCUCUUGUAAAGCUUACUUAUGCAUGGGUGUGAAUGUGGUCUUUUUUAUCAAUUUUUUUCAUUUUUAAGCUCUUAACCCUAUUUGCAUCCAUUCAGUCAUUUCUUGUUCCUUAUUUCAUUGGUUACUUUUUACUCUUUAAACACAUCACUGCUAGUAACUAUCAUUACUAAAAAUAAUACUAGUAGUUGUAGUAGUAGUAGUAAUAAUAAUAAUAAUAAUAAUAAUAACCAGCUGGCAACUUAGUUAAACUUAAUACUUUUUUUUUUUAUUGUUGCAGUCAGUCGGCUUCAGUUUUCUUUCUCUUCAUCUUCGCAAUACAACUUGGUCAGCUUCUCACCAAAACAAUUCCAUACUUCAUCCUCCACCCCCACCCCCCAUCCUAGCACCUUUUUUUUUAUCAUUGAAUUUUUUACUCAGCAGACAAAAGGAUGAUUUUGGCAUCUCCAAUGUGAUAGAUAAGAAGCAAAGAGCCAAAUUAAUUCUACAUCUAGAACCAAGUAGUAGAAGUAGUAGUAAUAAUAAUAAUAAUAAUGAUAAUAAUAAUAAUAAAGUAUUUGAUUUUUCUCCCUUUACACAUUAAUUAUCUGAAAAACUUUAUAAGUUCAGUUCCUGAUGAAGAAAAGAAGAAAAAAGAAACCAAAACGAAUUGUUGAAACAUUGAAUCGGGUUCUUUUGUGAAGACCCAGAAUUUUUUUUUCUUUUUUUAAUAUAUAAUGGAACACCUUCAGUUGCCUAAACUCAAGAACAGUCUGUUGCCAUGAUAUAAAUUCCUUAUUUGUAAAUCCAUUUGCUAAAAGCAAUAACUGAUGGUCAACUGUUUUUGCUAUUUAAAGAAGAAAAAGCAACAACAACAAAAAAAACGAGCAAAGUGUUUCAUGUCUGUGAUAAUGUAAUCUUUUGGGAAUGAACUAGACCCCCCCACAUCCAUUUCUGCCUUUUCUCUCUCUCCCUCUCUCUCUCUCUCUCUCUCUCUAUAUAUAUAUAUAUAUAUAUAUAUAUAUAUAUGUAGACAGUAGAACUUUUCUGUUAGAAUUUUCCAAUGAAAUAUUCUCUCCUUCUGCAUUGACUACAUUUUCCCAAAAUGAUAAAAAAAAAAAGAUUAUGGUUAUUUUAUUCUUUUAAUUUUGUAUAAAUUUUAACUCGUUAAACUUAUUACUAGAAAAGUUGAUUUCAACAUACACAUUCCUAUUCGUCUCUUCCAUUAAUAGUUGUAACAAUAUUGAGUCGAGUGGUGAGUUCUCAGAAAUGGUAAGACUACUGGACAGAAUACCAGAAUACCAUUUAGUAUUUAGCCUUAUCGGUUUUGUCUCUUCUUUGUUCUCAACCCAACACUCAACACGGUUGACUUUGCCUUGUAUCUCAUUCUCGUGAUUAAUGGCUUAGCAUUGUCCCUUCUCGACAAAAUAUUACCUUCUGCCCCUCAGAAGUGAAAAUAUUUCUUCAUCUUUGCCUCUCUCUCCUACAUACAUACAUAGAAAUAUUUUGGCUAGUAAUGGCACAUCUUCAAUGUUUGUCCAAAUAUGUCACAAAUUGUAGCUUUUAUCAAUAUAUGGUCAAUUGUCUUAGAGAAAUGCAUUUUGUUUGCAUAACCGAAUUGAUGUGUGUAUUUCUGUAAUAGUAAUACAAAUAAAUGAUACACAUUUUGAAAAAUGUUUAAUAAUAAUAAUGAUAAUGACCUUAUUGUACCCAGUGCUCAGGUGUACUGCUGCUUAUCAGAAAAAGGUAACCAAAACAGUCUAUAAAAUAUGCCCUGGAAAUGACCAAUGAAUAGGUUUUUAAAAAGGGGGAUGAGAAGCAUCAGAUGUGUCGUUGACAAACUUCAGGAAGCAUGGAAGUUCUGGAAGAUGUAGUGUCCCAACAGCUAACAACAGGUAGUUUUUUUUUUCCAUGCUUUUGUAUAUCCACACAUGUAUACGAGUAUGUUAAUAUUAUGGUACUAAGAGUACUCUCCCUUAUUCCUCAGUUGCGACAGUGUCAUUGGCGACAAAACUGAAUUCUGAAAUGCAAACUAUAUUUAUAUCAGUGAUAUGCGUGAGUAGUUAUUGAAAUGUAAGAAAACAAAGUGUGUAAAGCAAAGAUAGAAAAAGGAAAGGGUGUGUUUGUGUAUGUGUAUAUAGGUAUGUACACUUAUAUAUAUAGGUACAGAUAAAAAUGAAGAUAGGACGAUACCAAUACAAAAUAGACAAUUAGAUAGAUUAAUAAAUAUAUGCACAGAUGGUCAGACUUAAUACAUAAUAUAUUACAUAUUAAAAUGCGCUAGGGGAAGUAACUCAAAUGAAAUGAACUUAGACAAUUAAAAUAAAGUAUGUACUUGCUGUAAUUUUUAAUUCCCCGAGUUUUCUGUUUACGGAGAGAACAGGAAUUUAAACCUGGUGGCAAUUGGUAGAAACUCAUAAAGAGGAGAGGAGACAUGUAAUGUAAAUACUAGUCGAUGUGUAUAGGAAUGUGUGUGUGUGUGCAUUUGCAAACAUCCUCAUCAUCAUUUUAUGUCCAUUUUCCAUUGUUGAUGUGGAUUGUGUCGUUUUGGUCAAGUCAUUUCAUAUUCGAACUUACUGCUUUGCCUGAUGUGACAAAGGCCCAUAUCUCAGUUUCGGAAUGGUUUCUAUGGCUGGAUGCCCUUCCUAACAGCAUCCACAUCACAGAACAUCUAUACGUGUAUGUAUGAAAGAAAGCUCAUUAGGGGACUCACUUUGAUAUAAUCAUCUUACUUUGUUGGGGUUUUUUUCCCUACUUAUCAUCUUAAAACGUUACACGUGUGUGUGUAUGUAUAUAUAUAUAUAUAUACAUACAUGUUAUAACUUUGUUUUAUUAGCUUAGAUAUUCUUAUUCCAGACAUCCAUCACCAUUCUCUGGUGAUUUUUCUUCUUUUUUUCUCUCCCUAAUAUCCUCGCUGGCUUUAGUUUAUUAUUUGCUGUUUUUGUUGGUUUCCAACACUAUCGAUGUUACUGUUUGUGCAAAUCUGCUAUAUUACUAGGAUAAAUUAUCCCAUUCCUGGGUUUUUGUUGUGUUUUUAAUAUAUAUUUUCCUUCUAUUUGAUGGUUUGUCGCCCUCUGUAUACAAGAAUUAAGAAUUUCAACUUUUCAAUUCAUCUUCCUGUAAAACUAUUUUUAAUUAGAUUCUUAAAUACAUUUCAAAACAAAUUACUUUAGAGACAAACUUGUCUUUGUGGAGUUGGAUUAUCUCUAGAUAUAUUUGCAGAUUUUCAUCUUUGAAAUUGAAUUAAAAGUAUUUGGUAAAAAGUUUCACCUUGUAAAUAAGCAUUAGAUAAUUGUUUAAGUACUGUAGAAAUUAGCAAUUACUGUACAUUUGGACUCUAAUGUUUCUGGAUUUUUAUUAUUAUUAUUAUUAUUACUUUUAAGGCAAUGAGCUGGCAGAAUUGUUAGAGUGUCAGGAAAAAUACUUUGCAGUAUUUGUUUUGGCUCUUUACGUUUUGAGUUCAAAUUCCUGUCAAGGUCAUGCUUGCCUUUCAUCCUUUUGGGGUUGGUAAAAUAAAGAACCAUUUCAACAGUAGGGUAGAUGUAAAUUGACUUACUUCCUUCCCUGAAAUUCCUGGCCUUGUGCCAAAAUUUGAAAUCAUUAUUAUUAUUUUUAUUUUUAAUGGGGGAAGACUUUUUUUUUUUUUCAUGAAAGUCAACAUUUAGUCCAUUUUGAUAAUUUCCAUCCACUUUUAAAUACCCACCCCCAACCACAUCCACAUACAAAACAUCAAAAUAUUGUUCAUAUUUCAAAUUUUCUAUGUACAAUCUUUUUUUUUUUUGUCUUUUUACAUUUCUUUAAUUAUAUUUAAAAAAAUUAUAUAUAUAUAUUUAGAUAUAUAUAUAUAUAAACAUCUAAAAAAAAAAGAAUUUUUUAACCAGAAUUCUAUAAAAGUCAAAUCAAAAUCUGAAUAUUAACGAGAAGAAAAUUUAUAGAUUAUUAACUUAAUAAUCAGUGUUAGGUAUUUUUGGAUACAAGUGUCAAGUCACUGAAAUGGAGAAAUAUUAUAAAUUUGUGUCUUUUAGAUCUUUAUAUAUUUUUCAGUCCAUUGUUUCUUUCUCUCCCUCUCCCCCCCCCCCCCCCUCUGUUUAAUUUAAAACUUUUUUCCUUCCAAACUAUUGAACGUAUUUUUAUGACGUGGUGCUAUAUCAAAUUGGGUAGCAUGAAAAUACUGGUUGUAAUAAAAUAAAAUAAAAUAAAAAUGAA